UCACAACCAGGCCAGAUAGCUUGGGUACAGAUUCCCAGCGUGUCAUUCUUCAAUUGGCAUCCAUUCACUAUUGCUUCUGCUCCUGGACAAAACGAAACCACGAUUGCCAUCAGGGCGCUUGGCUCAUUUACCAAAAAGGUGCAGAACUUUGGGGAAGAUGGCGAAAAGAUUGCUCAACCAGGAGCAAACGAAGGAGAAAUGCACCAAACUGCAUCUAUGGAAGUAAGCUAUCCCAAAGUACAGAUCGAUGGCCCGUAUGGCGUCGGUCACUUGCAUUGGGGCGCACAUCCAGUGGUGGUACUCGUGGCUGGUGGAAUUGGCAUCACCCCUGGCAUCAGCAUCGCGACACACAUUGUGAAUCAAGCUGUAUCAGGACUCGUGCCCGCGUCUGGUGGCUGGCAUAUUCAUCUCUUAUGGACGGUUAAAAGCUUCGAUCACAUCUCUUGGUUUGAAGCUGAGCUGAAGAAACUCGCCGAAAUUGCGUCGGACCAAGCUGUGCCCGUCACGCUAGAUAUAACAAUUCAUGUUACAAGCGAUGGGGGGGAAGAGAGCGAAUCUGUAAAGUUUGAUGGCAUUGGGAAUAUUUACCAAGGUCGUCCAGACAUAACGGAAUGGUUUGAGAGUGUGAGAGACGCGAGAGCGGGCAUGGAUGCUUCGGUUAAUCUCUGUGGUCCAGCACAGUUG